CUCUCUCUCUCUCUCUCUCUCUCUCUCUCUCUCUCUCUCUCUCUCUCUCUCUCUCUCUCUCUCUCUCUCUCUCUGUCUCUCUCUCUCUCUCUCUGUCUCUCUCUCUGUCUCUGUCUCUGUCUCUCUGUCUCUGUCUCUGUCUCUCUGUCUCUCUGUCUCUCUGUCUCUCUCUCUCUCUCUCUCUGUCUCUGUCUCUCUGUCUCUCUCUGUCUCUCUCUGUCUCUGUCUCUGUCUCUGUCUCUGUCUCUGUCUCUCUGUCUCUGUCUCUCUCUCUGUCUCUCUCUGUCUCUCUGUCUCUGUCUCUGUCUCUGUCUCUCUGUCUCUGUCUCUCUCUCUCUCUCUCUCUGUCUCUGUCUGUCUGUCUGUCUGUCUGUCUGUCUCUCUCUCUCUCUCUCUCUCUCUCUCUCUCUCUCUCUCUCUCUCUCUCUCUCUCUCUCUCUCUCUCUCUCUCUCUCUCUCCCCCUCUCUCUCGUUCUCUAGCUGUUGAACUGGGCAUGCUCGGCAGCUAGGGCAGGCUUCAGUUGCAAGAAGGACGUUUUCCCAGUAACUGGGAUCCAUAGCUUGAAACUGAGGUAUAGGUGCAGACUGAGGCUGGGGUUGCUGCUACUGCUGCUGCUUCGGAGUAGCCUCGCCCCUCGGCGGCAGCACAGGUGGUGGCGGCGGCGGCGGCGGCGGCUGCGCUGAGCUACAGAGGGAGGGCAACUGCUCUCUGGAGCAGCCCAGACGCAGCAUCUCUAGGAGCGCGCUUGAAGGGAGAAAGAAGAGAGAGCAGAGGCAGCUGUGUCUUUACUGGGUCUGCUCCAGCUACAUCCAGCGGCGAAUGUGCGGGAGGAGGAGGAGAAGGCGGAGGCAGCAGCAGAAGGGAUAGAUAUCCGCGGUGGCACCACGGCGGCUGCACUACAGCGCCGCUGCUGUGCUGGCUGUAAGAGCCCCGGAUACGAAGGCAGAAGGGACCAUCAGUGGUGGAGGGAAGCCAAAGAACCAGAGACUUUGCCUCGGUAGCUGGAGCCGGUAGCAGGCUGUGGAGCAGCCUUAUCCUUACUGCUUUUUUCCCCCUCUUCCCUGCCCAGCAUCACUUGUCCCGGAGCCACGCACAGACAACAAAAGCGAAAGAUGCUGCAGUUGGGCAAGGUCAGGACCUUGCACUGAAGCCUGGAGGCGGCGCACACACCUUUCCCUGGAAUUGAGGAUUUGUCUAUUUUUGGUGGGUGCAUGUUUGGGAGAAAGCAGACAGGCUCAACGCCUUUUGGAGCUAUGCCUGUACCAGACCAGCCUUCAUCUUCAGAAAAGACUAGUUCCCUUAGCCCUGUGUUGAAUACAUCCAAUGGGGAUGGAUCUGAAACUGAGACAACCUCUGCCAUUCUUGCAUCAGUUAAAGAACAGGAACUACAGUUUGAAAGACUGACUCGAGAACUGGAGGCUGAACGCCAGAUUGUAGCCAGCCAACUGGAGAGAUGUAAGCUUGGAUCAGAGACUGGAAGCAUGAGCAGCAUUAGUUCAACAGAAGAACAGUUUCAUUGGCAAACACAAGAUGGUCAGAAAGAUAUAGAGGAUGAACUUACAACUGGUCUUGAAUUGGUAGACUCCUGUAUCAGAUCACUUCAAGAAUCAGGAAUACUUGAUCCCCAGGACUAUUCAACUAGUGAAAGGCCCAGCCUUCUCUCCCAGAGUGCACUUCAGCUCAAUUCCAAACCUGAAGGGUCUUUCCAGUACUCAGCCAGCUACCAUAGCAACCAGACCCUUGCCCUGGGUGAGACAACACCUUCCCAACUCCCAGCUCGAAGCAGUCAAGCCAGAGCUGCUAUCCAGAGCUUCAGCCAGGGCGCAACUAGCCGAGCAGCCCAUUUAGCUGGAUCUGAACCCUCUCAAUCACAUGCUGCCUCUCAGUCAAGAGAGUCCUUUGUGCCGAGCCAUGGGAGCGCGUUCCAUUUGCCUGACUCCCAGCAUUCUUCAGCCCUUUAUUAUUCCAGCUCCACUCUGCCAGCCCAGAGAGUGAGCUCUCCCUUGUCCAUGCAGCAGGUAGGCUCUCCCACAAAGCUCCAGCGGGUGGGGUCAGCCUCAGAGAGCACUGGAUACAGCACCACACAGCGGGUCUCCUCUCCUAAGCAGUCUCCAAGCCGGCUAGCCAAGUCAUAUAGCACCAGCUCACCCAUCAAUAUUGUUGUGUCUUCAGCUGGACUUUCUCCUUCCCCAAUACGUGUGACCUCUCCACCAACCAUCCAGUCUAAUAUUUCAUCCUCUCCUAUUCAUCAGCUAAGCUCAACCAUUGGCACUUACGCUACCCUAUCUCCUACAAAACGUCUAGUCCACACGUCAGACCAGUACAACAAGCAUUCACAGGAACUGUAUGCCACUGCUACCCUUCAGAGACCUGGCAGUCUGGCAGCUGGGUCUCGAGCAUCAUACAGCAGCCAGCACAGCCACCUUGGCUCAGAGUUGAGGGCACUACAGUCUCCUGAACACCACAUAGAUCCCAUUUAUGAAGACAGAGUGUAUCAGAAGCCCCCUAUGAGGAGUCUCAGCCAGAGUCAGGGGGACCCUUUGCAGCCAGCCCAUACAGCCACCUAUCGCACUAGCACAGCCCCAUCUUCCCCUGGUGUCGACUCCGUACCCUUACAGCGCACAGGCAGUCAGCACGGCACACAGAACGCAGCAUCGACCUUCCAGAGGGCCAGUUACGCUGCAGGCCCAGCCUCCAAUUACGCAGACCCCUACCGACAGCUGCAGUAUUGUCCUUCUGUCGAGUCACCAUACAGCAAAUCUGGGCCUGCCAUCCCACCUGAAGGGACUUUGGCUAGGUCACCUUCCAUUGAUAGCAUUCAGAAAGAUCCCAGGGUACCAAUGUGCAAGUCUAGAGGGCAGCUCUGUCAACAUUUUCAAAACAAGUCACCUUUUUUAGAAUUUGGAUGGAGAGAUCCAGAACUUCCAGAAGUGAUCCAGAUGUUGCAGCAUCAAUUCCCUUCUGUGCAGUCAAAUGCAGCAGCCUAUUUGCAACAUCUCUGUUUUGGAGACAAUAAAAUUAAAGCAGAGAUAAGAAGACAAGGAGGAAUACAGUUACUGGUGGACCUGUUGGACCAUCGGAUGACAGAAGUCCAUCGUAGUGCCUGUGGAGCUUUGAGGAACUUGGUGUAUGGGAAAGCUAAUGAUGAUAACAAAAUUGCCCUGAAAAACUGUGGGGGCAUCCCAGCAUUAGUACGGUUACUCCGCAAGACCACUGAUCUAGAGAUCCGAGAACUGGUCACAGGAGUCCUUUGGAAUCUUUCUUCAUGUGAUGCACUUAAAAUGCCAAUUAUCCAGGAUGCCCUUGCAGUGUUGACCAAUGCAGUCAUCAUCCCUCACUCUGGAUGGGAAAAUUCACCACUCCAGGAUGAUCGGAAAAUACAGCUCCAUUCUUCACAGGUGCUGCGUAAUGCCACUGGGUGCCUAAGGAAUGUUAGUUCUGCUGGAGAGGAAGCCCGCAGAAGAAUGAGGGAAUGUGAUGGACUUACGGAUGCAUUGCUUUAUGUGAUUCAGUCUGCUCUUGGGAGCAGUGAAAUUGAUAGCAAGACCGUUGAAAACUGUGUGUGCAUUUUGAGGAACCUCUCCUACCGACUUGCAGCAGAAACAUCUCAGGGACAGCAGAUGGGAACCGAUGAGCUUGAUGGAUUAUUAUGUGGUGAUGCCAAUGGCAAGGAUGCUGAGAGCUCUGGGUGUUGGGGCAAGAAGAAGAAGAAAAAGAAAUCCCAAGAUCAGUGGGAUGGAGUAGGACCUCUGCCUGACUGUGCAGAACCACCAAAAGGAAUCCAGAUGCUGUGGCACCCUUCAAUAGUCAAACCCUACCUCACACUUCUCUCCGAGUGCUCAAACCCGGACACUCUAGAAGGUGCAGCAGGUGCCCUGCAGAAUUUGGCUGCAGGUAGCUGGAAGGGCUGUGAGGAGGAUGUGGCAGGCAUGGUUCAUGCCCUACGUACACUGCCAGAGGGGGCACCCUGCCUGCCACAGUGGUCAGUGUAUAUUCGUGCUGCUGUCCGAAAAGAAAAAGGUCUGCCGAUCCUAGUGGAGCUACUGCGAAUAGACAAUGAUCGGGUGGUGUGUGCAGUUGCAACAGCUUUACGGAACAUGGCCUUAGAUGUCAGAAAUAAAGAAUUAAUAGGCAAGUAUGCCAUGAGAGACCUGGUUCAUCGGCUUCCAGGCGGGAACAACAGCAACAAUUCAGCCAGCAAGGCCAUGUCUGAUGACACAGUUACUGCCAUCUGCUGUACUCUGCAUGAAGUGAUAACGAAGAACAUGGAGAAUGCCAAGGCCUUACGAGAUGCUGGAGGCAUUGAGAAGUUGGUUGGCAUCUCCAAAAGUAAAGGAGAUAAACAUUCUCCUAAAGUGGUAAAAGCAGCAUCUCAGGUCCUAAACAGCAUGUGGCAGUACAGAGAUCUGAGGAGUCUCUACAAAAAGGAUGGAUGGUCUCAGUAUCACUUUGUAGCCUCAUCUUCAACGAUAGAAAGAGAUCGGCAAAGACCAUAUUCUUCAUCACGAACACCCUCCAUUUCUCCUGUGCGCAUGUCUCCUAACAAUCGCUCAGCAAGUGCCCCAGCCUCACCUCGAGAAAUGAUCAGCCUCAAAGAGAGGAAAACAGAUUAUGAGUCCACUGGAACAAAUGCUACUUACCAUGGAACUAAAGGAGAACACACUUCCAGGAAGGACACCAUGACAGCUCAAAACACUGGAAUUUCAACUUUGUACAGAAAUUCUUAUGGUGCACCUGCUGAAGAUAUCAAACAUAACCAGGUUUCAGCACAGCCAGUCCCACAGGAGCCCAGUAGAAAAGAUUAUGAAACCUACCAGCCGUUUCAGAAUUCCACCAGAAACUAUGACGAGUCCUUCUUUGAGGAUCAAGUCCAUCACCGUCCACCUGCCAGCGAAUACAACAUGCACCUGGGACUGAAGUCCACUGGCAACUACGUCGACUUCUAUUCAGCGGCUCGUCCCUACAGUGAACUGAACUAUGAAACAAGCCACUACCCAGCCUCGCCAGAUUCCUGGGUUUGAGACUCGGCGAGAAGGAACAGCUCCGGGAUCUGUGCAUGUGCAUGCAUAUACCACAAGACAUUUUUUUUUUCUUGCAAAUUUAGUUUGUUAAAGCCUGUUCCAUAGGAAGGCCCAGAUAACCAGUAUGGAAACCUUGAUUAAGAGAUAUUCUAGAAGGCUUAACGAAAUGAAAGUUAACUUGGAAGUCAAUAGAAUGAAAAAAAAAAAUCCUAAACAUUGCAGUGUGGGACAACUUGUACUGUUGGCCCAUAGAGCCUUUUUUUUAAGUGCUGUUUAUUGAAUGUGAUGGAAGGAAAGAGGGAGGAAACAGCAGAGGAUGGUGGGACGAGAAGGUUAUGUUAAGCACAAGAAACUGAAUAGUUUACAUACUUUAUGGGGGACAGCUUCUCACACUUUGUUUACUAUCCUCAUUCAUUGUGAAUCUAGGCUUCAAGUUGCAUUCGGGGUUCCUCUGUACAGCAAGAUGUUUCUUGCCUUUUGUUAAUGCAUUGUUGUAAAGUAUUUGAUGUACAUUACAGAGAAAAGAAAAAAAAAACCAAGUGCAUUGUGUAUAUUACACCAAUGCCACAGUGUUUCUUCAUCUAUGGUUCUAAAUAUUACUGAAAUUUCAAAAUUUUGAAAGAUGUAUGAAUUUCCAGUUUUUUCUUUUCCCCAGUAUGUUUUAACAAAGACAAAAAAAGGAAUAUUUAGCAGUAUUGUUCGUUCUGAUAUGUGAAUUUGUUCGUGGCAACUAACCAAGGCGUUCAGCAGUUUCUGACAAUUAACAUACAUCAUUCCACACUCCUUGUCAACGAAGUGCUUUUUCACUGCCUAAAAUUUUAGAUGUAGAUAUUUGAAAUAGAUUUUUUUUCAUUUAUACCAGUUUUCUUUAUGAUGAUACAGUGUUAAAAGAAAAUAAAUUACAAUUGAUCUGUCAUCCAUAUUUGCUAAGAAUGUCUAUUUCCAAGAAUCUGUCAUGCAAAAUGCACAUUCUUGCUUGUGUGUAUGUGUGUGUGCGUGUGUGUGCCCAUGUAUGUAUAAUAAUCCGUGUGUGGUUUUUUGAUAGAAGUUAUUUCAUUUGCUGUUCUCCUUGUAUAAGCUUUGUUAUUUUCUUUUCCCCAGGAUAACUUGACUUCAGUUUGUUCUUUCUGUACUGUAUCCACUGUACUGACCAUUUAGUAAUGUGGGAUCUUAAUCCUGAUGAUGUGGAGAUGCCCUGGGAGUUUCACCCAUCCCGGUUCUUGGGCACCAAUCCUUUAACACCCUCAAUUCUUUCCAUGUUUUACCUCUCAGCCCCUGCCCUCCCCACCCCCAAAAUGAAGAGAACCCUUACAGAGCUAACUCUGUAAUUCUGCUUUCUGGCCAGCUGCUUACAUCUCCAGGGGAACUGGAAACUUUUCCACUCACACCGCUGAAGGGGCUUAAUCCAUCAUCUCCCACUGUCCUCUGCCACAGAAUCUAUUCUUUAAUCUGGACAUGAAACUAAUAUCUAGAUAGGGAUUAACAGCAUUGAGAAACAAUCCUUUUUGGAAUUUUUAGUGGACCCAUUUUUGCUAACAUUCCUUUAAAUAUUGCCGACCCUCUGCGGGGUUUAAAUUCAGCCCAAAGUCGGCAAACGAUAGUUCCUUUUUCCAAAUUUUUCAGCAACCAGAUUUUUUCCUCAGCUCCCCAGACUUUGGAAAUAAAAAAGCUAAUUUCUAGGGAACAGCAUAGACGUAGCUUAAAGAUACUUUAUAUGCCCCCCCCCCCCCCGUCUUCCCACAAUUAGGUCAAAUGCGAAUUAAUAUCUUUAAAAAAUCACUUUUAAAUUUUGACUAUAUUACAAAAUUCGUGGUAGGAAACCCACGUUUAUGGGAUCCUUCACUGUAAAAUAUUACCAUUUCAUCCCCUGAUGGUGCCUCUCCCAGGCACGUCUUCCCUAUUCCCCCAACAUAGAGAUAUAGCUAUAUAUAUCCUAGGGGUCAGAACAACUUUUACACUUCACCAGUGUCAUAGGACCAAAAUAGUACAGGUCAUAGAGGCAGAUAUCGUGGUAUAAACAUGAGUUAUCAGUAACCUAGUAUUCUAGAUUAACAUUUCCAAACAAAUAUACAGUAAGAAACAUUAACAGCUCUCGGUAGUGAAGGGGGAAAUAAAUGCAUGCGGUAAAAAGGUGGUAGGGACAGCUGUAUCCGUAGGGAAGCAAAAAGCACUACUCCUAACAAGAUCUUUAUAUUUUCUUUAUGAUACUGAUUGUAAAUAUAGAGCUUGCAUUCACACCACUUUGGGACCAGGCACGUUUUUCCUUUUCCAGUGACCCUCGAGGAAUGUGGCUCCAGUUAGCCGCUGCUGUUGUGUCUCCCCUGGAGUAGCACCAGACCUAGUGAAUGCCCAAAAAGCAUUUAUAGUUAGUAGAGCCAACCCUUUUGCUCAAAGGUACAUCUUAGAAAAAAAAGAAAAGAACUGAUUAUUAUUUUCUUCUUUUUUAUUAAAAUUUAAAAAAAAAUAAGGUUGGGUUUUACUUGAACUGUUAAAAUGGCCUCAGGGCCCACAUAGAUUCCCUUAACAGUGAAGCCAGGUCAGCUGGUGACCUGUUCAUUACCUGAGAUAUAUUGGAUUAAAUGCACCAAGUGACAUGAAA